AAAGAUGAGUCGCGGCCCCGCCAAGAGAGGAGGUGAGGGGCGGCUGGGCGUGGGCGUGGUGGCGUGGGCGGCGGUGGCAGGGCUGGUGGGCGUGGCGCUCAUGCCCGCCCUCACCGCUGCCCAGUUCUCCUACCCACUCCACCCUGACCUUCGGGGCGACUACUGCAGGGCGAGGCGCGGGGCAUCGGAACAGUGUUGUCCGGGCCGCCGGGACGAGUGUUCGAGACCCAUCCUUGGCACGCUCUGCUACUGCGACCACUUCUGUAAUCGCACGAUCCAUCCCGACUGCUGCCCCGAUUACUGGGAGGUGUGUCUUGGUCAGCGUCCGCCCGAACUGAAAGGCUGUAAUAAGGACGGUGUCGCGAUUCCAGAAGGCAGGAGUCGCAAGUUUAACUGCAACGAAUGCACGUGUUUCAUGGGUGAUCUGCAGUGUGAGGAAGACCUGUGCAUGAUAGACGAGAAUGUAAUCAACAAUGUGAACGGCAACCAGCGUCUGUACGGAUGGAGGGCCACCAACUACUCCAUGUUCUGGGGCAGGAAGGCCAGAGAUGGGCUCGUGUUCAAGACGGGCACGCUGAACCCAGAGCAAUUGUCGAUGAGGAUGUUCCCGAUCCUGCUGCAGCCGGACCUAUCGCGCAUCCCGAGGCAGUUCGACGCGCGCACCAAACGUGAGUGGAGGGGCCAGAUCAGCGGCGUGCGGGACCAAGGUUGGUGCGGCGCCUCCUGGGCCUUCUCCACCCUCGGCGUCGCCCAGGACAGGCUAGCGGUGGAGUCCCAGGGCAACGAGAGCGUGGACCUGUCCCCUCAGAAUCUCAUCAGCUGCGAUCGCCGGGGACAGAGCGGCUGCAAGGGGGGGCAUGUGGACCGGGCCUGGCAGUACCUUAGGAGGGUCGGGGUCGUGAACGAGGGUUGCUACGGCUACGAGAGCGGUACUACGGAGAAGGUGCCGGCGUGCCGCAUACCUAAGGUGGCCAGCCUGCAAAACCUACGCUGCGUGGCCGAUGGGGCAGUGUACCAACGGCCGGACCUGUACAGAACCGAACCCGCCUAUCGCAUCUCGGGCAAGGAGGAGGAUAUCCAGUGGGAGAUCAUGACCAACGGCCCCGUCCAGGCCAUGAUGAAGGUGCAGAGGGACCUGUUUAUGUACGGCGGCGGCGUGUACGCGGCCUCCAGCUUCACGCAGGGGGGCUCCGCCACGCACUCCGUCAGGAUCCUCGGCUGGGGGGAAGAACCGUCCUACAGCGGCCAGUCCACGAAGUACUGGCUCGUGGCCAACUCCUGGGGGACGCAGUGGGGCGAGGACGGACUCUUCAGGAUCAGGCGCGGCUUCAACGAAUCCGACAUCGAGACCUUCGUGUUGGCGGUGCGCGCGAGGCUCUACGACUACGACAAGCGGCAGCAGAGGAGGACCGGUCGUCGCACAAACCGCCAUGCCCAGCGCCGCAACGCGAAGCACGACCACCACCGCUUCUACACCACCAAGCGACGCAACCACAACUAGAGGGCGCCACCGUCCGGACCCUUUCCUGCGCUGGGGCACUCUUGACGCCUAGUGCUGUUGUUGCUGGUGUUGUUUAGAAGAGUCCUAUACUGCCAUUUGUGUCUCAUGUGGUUGUUUACUUCCAGCGCGGUUUGUUUUUUGUUUUUUCUUUUCCUUUGAUUUGGUUGUUUUUUCAUUGUUUUUAUGAUCAUUUUUAUCAUUAUUUAUUAUUAUUUUUCUUAUUCUUCUCCAAAUUUGUCCUUCUUCUUCUUCGUCUCCUCCUCCUUUUUCUUUUAAAAGUGAUGCUGUUGGUGAUGAUGGUGAUGAUAGUGAUGAUUGUGUGGUCAAUUGUGGUUAAAGAAGAGGUUUUAUGUGAUGAUGGAGGUGAUGGUGGUGGUGGUGGUGGUUGAGAGAGAGAGAGAGAGAGAGAGAGAGAGAGAGAGAGAGAGAGAGAGAGAGAGAGAUUAGUCAUGUCUAGCUUCUGAUUAUUAUUAUUAUUAUUAUUAUUAUUAUUAUUAUUACUAUGAUCAUUAUCACCAUCAUCAUUGGUUUUACUACGACGAUCAAGCAAUGACUGUACAUAUGUAAACUUCGCGCAUUAUUAUCUUCCCUCGCCCCAGAGCCUGUGAAGAAUGGCUAACACACCGUCCCAUGAGCUCGUGAGUACAGUGUCACGUUCAUGGAGGAGAGCGCCAAGGCAAAGUCGGUACUGUCAGCCGCUUCCUUCCUUCCGUCUCUCACAUUGACUUUCCACAUGCCAAAAAGGAGAUCAGUCUGGUUCUCACGUUUAGUACUUUGGGUUCAUGGUACUGAAGAAAAGCCAAACUACCACUAAGGCCAAAAACUACCCCUGGAAAUGCCCGAAACUUCUAUGAAAGUUGAAAUAUUGAAGAAUAUGGUCCUUGGCAAGUCUUGUGUAGGAAGGCUUGCGAACGACCAUAAGGGGAAACGACUCGAGGACAUUUGCACUGUUAUAUAUCUAUGUGUUCCUGUUUGGUUGUAAGUUAGCCAGCUGUGCCUUUGGGUCGUAUUUUAAAACAUUUCGUCGCCCAAGUUCACAUAUCUGACAAGGGUUUCGUAGGAGCUGUAGGCCUUUCCAGGGGUAGUUUUAUGACCCUGGUGGUAGUUUGGCCCCUCUUCUGUCCCAUGAACCGUAAAAAACACUCAUGAAAAACAGAUUGAUCCCUUCUUUGACCUUUAGAAAUAGUUGAUGUAAGAAGCGACGGUGUCUUAAAAUACGGCCCUCAAAGGUUACAGUGUCUUACAGUUUCGACUCUCACAUCAACUAUUUCCAAAGGCCAAACAUGAGAUCAGUCGGGUUCUAAUGAGUGUUUUUGUAGGUUCAUGCCACAGAAGAAGGGUCAAUCUACCACUAGGGUCAAUAAAAUACCCCUGGAAAUGCCCGAAACUCCGACGAAAGCCUUGUCAAAUAUGUGGGUUGGGGCGCCGGAGUGUUUAAGAAUACGGCUGAUUGAGGGGAAGUCUGGCCAUGGUCAGACUCCAUUAGCUGAGCCUAGUAUGCAACGUCCGUACGACUUGGCGGCACGGACGAGACUGAAAAGUUAUACCCUGUUCACACUGACAUUACGAAUAAGCCCCACCCAUCACACCCCAGCAACCACCAGUAGGCUCUAACCUUUCCAAACAUUCACCAGUCAAACGCAUCCUAAGCUAUAUAAGGAGAGUGGCUUGCUAAGGAUCUAAUUAUACAUACACUACCAAGAUUUUAACCUUUCCAAGCAUCCGCCAAUCACACGUAGCCUGAACUUGAAAGGGGGCGUGGCUUGCUUUCGAACUGACCAAUCGGCAUACACUUGAUGGGGAAGGAGGCGGGGCUUGUCUGCGAGGUUAGUGUGAACAGGCCACUAUAGUAUGAGUUAUUAUAUGUGUUAUAGUAUAUGUGUUAUAGUAUAUAUAGAGAGAGUUUAUGAUUGUUUCCUGUAGGUAAUAAGCGAUCGAGCAACGCACUGCCACUCACUAAAGCUUUAACCUGUGUACUGCCAUUGCUCUUCACAGUUGGCGAUGGUUUAGAGCGAACGAGUAGUAUUUUCUUCACUUGUGUUAAGGAAGGUCAUCCGCCAAUACAUGUUCGAGCAAUAAAUUAUAUUCUAUCAAAAAAAAAAAACGUGGAUUGAGUCUUCCGUAUACCAUGAAUGGAUCUUCUUUCUGCAUGAGAUUGUUUGUGGUGGAUAACGUGAAUGAGAUAACACACACACACACACACACACACACACACACACACACACACACACACACAGAUAGAUAGAUAGAUAAAUAAACAGGUAGAGGGACAGAGAAAAACAUUGAGACGGGCGGAAACAAAGAGACGGUGACAGAGACAGACAGAGAAACAUAUACAAAUUGAGAGACAGAAAGACAGCAAGAGAGACAGAUAUAGCGAGAGAGAGAGAGAGAGAGAGAGAGAGAGAGAGAGAGAGAGAGAGAGAGAGAGAGAGAGAGAGAGAGAGAGAGAGCGAGAGCGAGCGAGCGAGCGAGCAGAUACUUGAGUUAUCCCUUUCACUCAUCGUUGUAAUGAAAACGCCUCGAAGGAAACGGGUUUUAGAGGGUGACUUUUGGAAUAAUUUAUCACUUUUUUUGUGUGUGUGUGUUUAUUAAUUCAUCAGUUUACCGAGAGAGAGAGAGAGAGAGAGAGAGAGAGAGAGAGAGAGAGAGAGAGAGAGAGAGAGAGAGAGAUAACAUAAGGAAUAGAAAAGACAUAUAGUAAGCCAAAAGUAGAUGUUUAGCAGACAGUCGAGUUUCUGGCUGGCCGUUCUAUAGCAAAGACAACCCCCUUCACCUGCUAGAUCCGUCCGAAGGUAUGUAGUACGGCUAUCAUUAACGCAUUUGGGUAUUCCUGCGGCUCCUUGACGAGUUGGUUGUACUCUCCCCUGUCCCCUCCAACACUCGGGGGCGCUUCUGGUCAGAUUGGGCGUCUUUCAGUGGGCAUGGGCAAGAUUUUCAAGGGAAGAUUGUAGCUGGACUGCGGUCAAGGAGUCUUACCUCUGUCUGUCUGCACCGAGUUGCUGUUACUGUUGUCGUGCGCUCCCCCACCACCCAGUACAGACAACGUGACGCAGACAGGUGCUAGGAAGUCAUUGAUGCAUAACAGGUCACUGCGCCAACUGGUUUCUACAUAAUUAUGGCGCUAUGGCGAAAAAGAAAAGGCAUUGCGAGAAGCGCGAGCAGAACACGUCGUCACCGCGGGAAUUUCACCUCGGCCACUGGUGCUUCGAAUGGCCUUAAAAAACCUUGUGUUCACGGUCAGGUCCAUCGAGUUUACCUUGACGCAGGUCGGACCCACAGCUUCCUCGGGGCGCCACACAUAGAAAAUGGAUUGAGGUAAGUACGUUUAGGAAAGGCAUGUCAAGCGUGUGUAGUAUAUUGAAUAUGUUUAGUAUAUAGCAUGUGUAGUAUACCUAGCCUGUGUAGUAUAUUUAGCAUAUGUAUAUUUAGCUUGUGUAGUGUAUUUAGCUUGUGUAGGGUAUUCAGCAUGGGUGGUACCUUUAUGGCAUGUGUAGUAGUAUAUGAUAAACGUCGUCUGGUU